AUGUAUGUCUAUGUUAUUCGAUAUGUUUCGACUAAAGUGCAGUCAUGCCGUCGAAGACUACCAAUGAGCUUUUCUAUAUCAUUUUCAUUUUGCUGGUGUGUCUGUGGUUGUUUUGUGCCAACUGCAGUUGCGCCUUCUAGUUUCUGUCAUAUCCUACAUUUUCACGACCGUAGAGCUAAUUUUGCUGAUUUUCAGCGGUGCGGAGGUACAACUGUUUCUGAUUCUAGCGCUUCGCCAAAUAGAGCAUUAGGAUGUAUGAUUGGGCAAGAGUCUUGCGCUAUCCCUAUCCUCCCAAGAAAGAUCCAGCUGUAUGAUGCAUCUUCUAUUCUGUUUUCGAGCUACAGUUUCACCGUUUCUAAUUUUGCUUCUUCAUUCUAGUCCUACGUUCCCCACUUCUGCUACCUGCAUCGGUAGCAUGCAGUGCGACUGUACUUUCUUAGUUUGAACGGGGGGACUUGCGCCAUCCGACGGAUGAAGAUUCUAUCCAUCCAUUUUAUGAGCUAGUUUUGAUGUGUGGUAAUCCAUGCAACUCGGCUACGACCAGGACAAAGAAAGAUAUUGGGGCUAGGCGUUGUGACUCACUCACGUCACUUGCUUAUCCCGGUCAGUUUUAUCGUCUACUUUGUGUACUUGUAUUUCUCCAGCAGGAUCAUGCGAGUAGACUUGUGUCUGGCUAGCCCUGCCGUUUGUUUCCACCACCGCGUCACGACUGCCUUCUUGACCUUGAUGUUGUUUCACCUUCUGUUUGCGAUGCUAAUACGAAGCAUGUUGGCAAAGAUAAAGGAGCGACAAACUACGUGCUGGCUUUGAU